AGCUGCAGGACAUGUCCUACGAGCAGCUGAUGCAGCUGUACAGCGCCCGGCAGAGGCGACGGCUAAACCGCGGCCUGCGGCGGAAGCAGCACUCAUUACUGAAGCGCCUGAGAAAGGCCAAGAAGGAGGCGCCGCCCAUGGAGAAGCCCGAGGUGGUGAAGACCCACCUGAGGGACAUGAUCAUCCUGCCAGAGAUGGUGGGCAGCAUGGUCGGUGUGUACAAUGGGAAGACAUUCAACCAGGUCGAGAUAAAACCAGAGAUGAUCGGCCACUACCUGGGCGAGUUCUCAAUCACCUACAAGCCGGUGAAGCAUGGCCGGCCUGGCAUCGGUGCCACCCACUCCUCCCGGUUCAUCCCCCUCAAGUAACUGUGGCCAAUAAAGACUGGUGUAUAGUA